AGAAAAUGAAACUAGGAAUAAGGAUAAAUGUCACAUCAUCAAUUGCAACGUAGAUCCGAUGUGGCAUCUAACAAGGCCUUAUAGAAGACAUUGCUAGAUGCAACCAGGACUGUGAUGUGGGUAAAGAGCAACAGAACUGGCCAUGCCCUGUAUGCAACCAGGACGUACCUUAUGCUUGCUGUGCUUAUGAAAGGUGCUUGUUUUGUCUGCCCAAGACCACAGGUCAAGUGCAAAGCGACCUCUCGAGAUCUCUCACCUACUCUUCACCUACGGCACCAAUUCAAAAUGGAGUCUAUGAUUGGGAACAUUUUGUAUGUGAUUGUGAUCUAUGUUUCUACAAUUUUCCAAUGGAUUCAGAGCCAUUGUUGCAUUGUAUGUAACUUCCAGCUUGAUAUCCAUUGUGCUUCUAUAACCAUUGUUCAGCCUCCUAAAGAAAUUGGUCAGCAGUCCAAAGAAUUCACCAUUUUCACGAGCAUCAGCUGAGAGCUGACUGCCUGACUCGAUUCAGAUAUUGAAAGAUGGUUGUGAGCCUGUGAGGACAACUUAUGCCAUGGAUAUGGUGAAGCCUCUAUCAAGGAUGUCAUUGUCAUGUCCAUCCUUAUUGUGACUUCUACAAUUUCAUGAGUUCUGUACUAUUUGAGUUUUCAUGAUGAGCAAAAUGGUCUGAAACUAUAGACAGCAAGAAAGGAAAGCAGGGAGCAAUAAACACCUAAUGCCUGA